AUGAAGCUCCCUCAAAUUCGCCUGGCGCGAACAGCAACGCCUUGGUCAACAGCAGCCUCGAGAAGAACGAUCCCCCUCCGAUUCUCCUCAUCACUAUCACAAAAACCAGGCGCAGCAGGAAUUCGUUUUCCUGGUGCAGUGUCCAGUCAAUUUGUCAACAGCCUCUCCUUCGAGCAUCCAUCCACCUACCCCGCGCUCCCAACUUACCGAUGUGUCAACCAAGAUGGCGAUAUAGUUGAUAGCGACUACACCCCAGAGCCAGACUCUCUUGCUCUGAAGCUGUACCGAGAUAUGGUCGCUGUGUCAAUCAUGGAUGUUAUCAUGUUUGACGCACAACGGCAGGGAAGACUUAGUUUCUACAUCACAAGUCAGGGCGAGGAAGGGACUUGUGUUGGCUCUGCGUCCGCAUUGGAGAAGGAAGAUGUUAUUUUCUGCCAGUAUAGAGAGGGUGGCGUGUUUAUGGAGCGGGGAUACACAUUUGAAGAUUUCAUGAACCAGCUGUUUGCGAACGCAAAGGAUAGUGGAAGGGGCAGAAAUAUGCCUGUUCAUUAUGGGAGCAAGGCUUUAAAUAUCCACACCAUAUCCUCCCCUCUUGCAACUCAGAUACCCCACGCCGCAGGUGCCGCCUAUGCACUGAAAAUGCAGCGCCUUGCCGAUCCAAACAUUCCCCCACGAGUCGUAGCUUGCUACUUCGGUGAAGGAGCUGCCAGUGAAGGUGAUUUCCACGCCGCGCUCAACAUCGCUGCAACGCGAUCUUGUCCCGUAAUCUUCAUAUGCCGGAACAACGGCUAUGCAAUCAGUACACCCACGCUGGAACAGUACCGUGGAGACGGUAUUGCAAGUCGUGGAACUGGAUACGGCAUUGACACGAUCCGCGUAGACGGAAAUGACAUCUGGGCUGUGCGAGAAGCUACUAAGAGAGCUAGGGAACUGGCGUUGAAGGAUGGAGGACGCCCUGUGCUGAUAGAAGCCAUGUCGUAUCGGAUCUCGCAUCACAGCACGAGUGACGACUCCUUCGCUUAUCGUGCGCGAGUCGAGGUCGAGGAUUGGAAACGCAGAGAUAAUCCAAUCACCCGACUGAGAAAGUAUCUGGAGAAGAAGGGACUGUGGGAUGAGGAGAAAGAAACGGAGACUAGGAGUAGACUCAGGAAGGAAGUGCUGAAGGCAUUUGCGGCGGCCGAGAAGGAGAAGAAACCGCCGAUGAGAAGCAUGUUCGAGGACAUGUAUGAGGAACUCACGCCGGAGAUUAAGGAUCAGAUGAGAGAGUUGAAGAGUAUGAUUGAUAGGUAUCCGGAGGAGUAUGAUGUUAGUGAGUUUGAGGGUGGAAAAGAUACACUUGCUCCUUAA